GCUUCUCUAGCUCAGAGGACCUGAGAGUCUGGGUGCACAUCCUUUUUCUGUCUCUAAGACCAAUAGUCUGGGUUAUCUGUGUCCUCAUCCCCUAAGAAGUGGAAACCCAGAGCUGUGUCCAUGGAGCCCUGCCGGUCCCUGGCUCUGCUUGCUGGCUCCCUGGGCCUGAUUUCUACUCUGAUUGCUCUGAGCACUGACUUCUGGAUAGUGGCCACAGGCCCCAACUACUCUUCCCACUCGGGCCUCUGGCCAACGACACACGGGAUCCAAGUAGCAGGUUAUAUCCACGUGACACAGAGCUUCUGUAUCCUGGCCACCCUGUGGAGCCUGGUGUCUGUGGGCUUCCUGAUUCUGUCUUACCAUCCAGCCCUGUCUGCCCCAGGCCGUGGCCCUCUGGUCUCAACCGUCACGGCUUUUGCUGCAGCGCUCUCCAUAAUAGUGGCCAUGGCAGUGUACACCAGUCAUAGAUGGAGCCAGACUCCGUCUCCCCAGGUCCAGACAUUCUUCUUCUGGUCCUUUUACCUGGGCUGGGUGUCCUCUGUCCUCUUCCUCUGUGCAGGCUGCCUGAGCCUGGGUGCUCACUGUAGAACCCACCGGGCUGGGUAUGAAACUCUGUGAACAGAAGGCAAGACAGCAGGAUCAGCAGGAUGCUUGGAGCCUUGUCCUCUCAGGAGCUACAGAAGAAACGCAGGAGUCUGUCUCUG